AGUAGGUACAUUGAAAUUCAGAUUUUCGAUUUUCGUGUUGUGUUGUGUAUGUACUAAAUACCUGCAAUUUUAUUUACCAAAGUUCGAAAGUAGAGGAAAUAUUAGUGUAAUAUCCUUUAAAAUUAUUGAAUUUUAAAGCCAAAAUAAUUUUAAAAUGUUGUUUUACAGUUUAAGGAUUUAGGUACGUCCGCUAGGUAUUACAAUUAAUAAAAUUGACUAUUGACAAAAAAAUGAUUUUAUGGUACGAGUUGGGUUUACACUCGCUGUUAGAUCCGAACUAAUUUCUCCUGACUGCUAAGCUGGUCAAAUAAGCCAAUAUUUAUACAAAUAUCUAGUACAAGUGGAGGUAUGGAGCCUGUAAAACCAUUUGCUUGUACUAUGCCCGAUUGCGGCAUGACCUUUACCAAUGAGGACCAUCUCCAUGUUCAUACGAAGAAGCACGAUAUGGUACUGCAGUUGGGGAUGGAGCAGAAAGCGGUAUUUGUUGCUGAUCAAACUCCUACACCGACCAGGUUCAUAAGAAACUGUGAGGAAGUGGGACUGUUCCAAGACCUCCAGAAUGUUACUGUUAACCCAUUUGAUGAAGGGUUUAAAAGAGCUAUGGAGACAAAGCAUGGCAUGCUCAACCUAGAAGGCCCAUCGUCCAAUGAGGAUGUGUUACACACACCAAAUUUAGUUUUUCCAUUGGAAUCUGGCGAUUUCCAACGGAAUGUUACUAUCAGCAGAUCAUCAAGCGAUGAAAUAUGUGCUGUUAAGGAAUAUGAGACAACUAAAAUAUCUAAACUAACUAAUGAAGUAACAACUAUCAGUCGAAUUGUAGGUAAAGAUGAUGUAUCAAUAGUUAAACAUGCAGAAACAACAACCAAUAAAGAUAGUUUUAACGAAACAUCUGUGUCCUAUACAAAUAAUGUCAUAAUACAUAGCAACGUCGAAAUUAGACAAGACAUAAACAUAGACACGAAGAAAGUGUCUAACCACACAGAUUCUGUGACCAAAGACACUAUUAGUAUUGAUGAAUUAGUGAAAUUAACAGAUAGUAAUAAGAAUAAAGACAAAGUUCCGCCUAUAAUGUCACAAAAAUCACUAGAUUUUGUUGUAGACAGUCUUACAACUGAUAAUUUAAAUCGUGAUGAUAAUUUAGCUAAAAACAUAAAACGCAAUAUUGAUAAACAUGAUAAAAUACAAGAGAAAGGUCAUUCUAAAUGUAAUUUUGAUAAUACUAAUAUAGUUUCAAAUGAAAAUGAUAAAACAACACCAAAGUUAGGUGAAGAUGGUUAUUAUGAAGUAAUUAUUAAACUUCCGAACGGAAAACGCGUUAAAAUGAAAGCUGUAGAUGAGACGGAGAAACCGGUCAGUGCGAAAGAAAAACUAAAUAGCACAAUAAGAAAUAAAAUACGAAUGCCUGUACAAAAUCCGCUUCUAAACCCAGUAGUGCAAAAUAUAGUGCCUAUAUCUACUGGUACUCUCAUACCAGUGACAUUAAUGAGCCAGAAUAUGACAAUGAAUCAACCAUUUCCCAUUAUGCAAAACGUCAUUCCAAAAAUACCGAUACAACCUCUCCAUUCGAUGGUGAAGACAAAUUUCAAAACUGUUAAGAGAAAAAACUUAAAUGAAAUGGACACUAUUUCAAUCCUCAAUAGCAAUAGUAAAUGUAAAGAUGUACAACAAAAUGCCAAUGAAACAGAGAGACAUAGCACCAAUAAUGUUAAUUUUAAUUCAAGAGCAAACUUGGACAGUCGUUGUGAGGCAUCUAGACGUUAUCGAGUAAGAUUAAAACAAACAAUGCAGAAACAAAACGAGGAAAAUAAACAUUUGCGGGAGAUCAACCGGAGGCUGGCAGAAGAGAAGGCGGUUCUACAAAUGAUAAUCACACAACAUAUAAAGCAUUGUCCAAACGGGGAGGAUCUUAGUCGUACUUUACAAGAAAAAUGCCAUGUACUACACAAUAUAAAUUAACGUUACACCACAAAUUAUCACUAUAGUUACGUGCCUGCCAAUCUGCAUUGGGGCAGCGUGUUGGGUCUAUGGUUAAACGAUCUCUAAUGAUGGAGGAGGUGUUUGCCCAGCAGUAAGAAUUACCCCCCAUUGAUAACAGAUGAGAGUCUACCCACAACGUUUGGGUGUCUGCAAGCGCGUAUCACAAACGGAUGGAGUGUUUCUCGGAGAUUAAGCAUAUUUAUGGCAUACGCGAUGUUGAAAUUAAAUUAUUUGUUAUUUUUA